GUCACGACGCCCAGCAUCACCUCGUCCGCCUCCUCGACCUCGCUGCGGGCUCCUCCAACAAACACCAAGCCUGCCACGCUCGCCCUCCUCCGCAUACAGGUGCUGCGCGCAUCGAAUCUCACACCAAAGGAUCGCAACGGCAAGUCUGACCCAUUCGUCACCGUUUCCCUCCCCGGCUUGGCGGCGCUCGCAGCUAAGCAACAGACGGCCGUGCAACACAAGACUCUCGAUCCUGAGUGGAAGAACGAGAGUUGGGAUUUCGAGGUGACGAGCGAUUGGUUCGGGACUCAGGGCUGGCAGGAGUCGAUGGGAGAGGAAGAGGAUGACGAUGAUGAAGACGAUGAACGCGAGGUCGGCGUCGAAGAUGCUGCGCUGGCAGAGGGCGCCGCGACUAUCGAACUCGACCCGGAGUCUGCCGCCCAGUCUCGCCCACCCUCGCGCAGAAAGCUGUCUGCUACGGCGUCCAAGGUUCUCUCCACCUCAGCCAAGGGGAUGAAGCUCCUACCCAAAGGCGCCGCCGCUGGUGCUCGCGCUGUAGCUCGCGGUACCCCUCGACCAAUGCGACUCGGUCGACGAAGCGGUGCAGUUGGACAGCGAGCCUCGAUGCCGCGGCUGGGUGGUCCAGCUGCUGGCCUCGUCUCCAACCUCGAGCUCGUCGUCUGGGACAAGGAUUUUGCCCGACGCGAGUACAUGGGCGAAGCGAGCUGGCCCGUCUGGGAGUGGUGCAGAGGGCGAGACGUCGAGUGGCCUACGGCCUCCACCUCGGCGGACGACGGUAUCUGGCUCACCCUCGUCUCCUCACGACGCAACGCCAAGGUCAGUGGCAAGGUGCAGAUCCGCCUCGGCUUCGUUCCUGUGCCCGGCUCGCCAGUCAAGUCGCUCAAACGUCUGUACCGUGCUCUUGUCACGUCAGCGGUGGGAGCUGGAGCGAGAGCGGCAAGCAACACCAUGACCGCCCCUGUUCAUGCUGGAGAAGAGGAGAUUCGCGCCGGUGUUCGUGCUAUACCCGCUUCGCAGUCGGUCGGCACGGCAGAGAAGUUCUUUGCCGACAACGGCUUUUCUAGUGACGAGGAGGACGAAGAGCAAGAGGAACUUCUCGAUACGGAGAGCGAAGAUGAUGACGAACUCGACUUGGACGACGAAGACGACUCGGAGACGGACACGGACGACAUCGCUUCGACGACGGACGAGGAAGGUGUGGCAGGUGACUCAGAUGCCGACUUCAUGGCCAGGCACAAGCAGCGCCUCCGACAAGGCAGCGACGACCGUACCGCCUCAUCGCCUUCCUCUACGCCGCCGCCUGAGCAGGUGCCGCACUCUGCGACCGAGUCAAGCGCCGACUCGCCGCUAGUCCCCGCAGCGCAGCGCAACAAGAAGCGUUUGCUCCCUUCGUUCCCGCGUAGGAAGACGGGAAGCUCUGGUGCUGACCCCGCAGAGAUUGCUGCGGCUAGCGAGAGUGGUGCGACGACGCCAGCGACGGACUCCAAUCGCCGUCGUGUCAAGAUGCCCAAGCGCCGAGGGACCAAGGAUAAGGGGGACGGCACCUCCUCAUCCCAGGACCGCAAGCUACGCAAGCUCCAACGCCGCCUGCAACGACGUGAGCGUAACCGCGAAGCCCGCGCCCGGAAGCGUGACGCGCGUGAAGCUCAACAAGACUACAGCUUCAAGAGUGGUAGCAGCGACAUCGUUGGCAUCGUCAUGAUGGAAGUCAAGGGCGCCUCCGACCUGCCCCGCUGGAAGAACAGCAUGCGCACGGGAUUCGACAUGGACCCCUUCACCAUCGUCGCCUUUGGCCAGAAGAUCUUCCGCACCCGCGUCCUCCGCCACACUCUCAACCCGACUUGGGAUGAGAAGUUGCUCUUCCACGUCCGCCAGCACGAGCUCAACUAUAUGUGCAAGAUGAGCAUAUACGACUGGGACAAGCUUACAGCGAACGAUCACGUUGGGUCUUGCGAGCUGAGCAUUGCAGCGCUGAUUGGAGCGGCUCCCAAGGCUGAUCCAAAGACGGGCCUGUACGACUCGACGGACGAUGGGCUGCAUCAGAUGCAGACCUUCAAGUUGCCUUUGACUCGAGUGGAGAAGGAUGAGGACGUGAAGUACGGUGACUCGUCGCCUAGCUUGACCUUUCAAGCCAAGUUUACGCCGUACGCUGCGCUCAGGCAACGCUUCUGGCGUCAGCUCUGCCAGCAAUUCGACACCAAUGACUCGGAGUCGCUUUCCUUCCUCGAGGUGACCUCGAUGCUUGACUCGCUUGGCUCGACACUGACCAGCGAGACGAUUAGCGCCUUCUUCUCUCGCUUUGGCAAGUCUGCCGAGAGCGGGGACGAGAUCACGUUCGAUGAGGCCAUCGUGGCUCUGGAGGAUGAGACGCGCAAGUCGAUCGAUGAGAAGAGGACGGUGCAGCCGCAGAGCAGCCAGCAGCAGGCGAGGCAGGCUAGCCCGAGUCAGGGGCUGGGGCCGGAGCCGCUGGACAAUCAGGAUGAGGCGGGUGAGGCGAACAUGGAUAUCAGCGGCCAUGCUCCAGCCAUUCGCGUUGAGGAUGGAGACGGAAGGGCUCCGGCGCCGGUGGCAGUUGCUGAUGCCGGCGAGGAUGGUCAGCACAGGGAGAACGUCCCCUCGUCGAAGCCGGUGCAGCUUCAGCGUACGACGGCCAAGUCGCCAAGCGCCAACUGGUCCACUACCGCCUCGGCCGCCUCUUCGCGUCCACGCACGCCGCACGCUGAGCUCUCGAAUCCCAUCAGCAGCAGCGCCGAAGGCGACGACGACUCUGCCUCAAGCCCACCCACUACAGUCGCUCAGCCCGAGCGUGUGAUCCUCCUCAAAUCCUGCCCGCUCUGCCACAUGCCCCGCCUCUCCAAGAAGGGCGACGGCGAUGUGGUCACCCACCUGGCCGUCUGCGCCUCUCAAGACUGGCGUCGAGUUGACAGCAUGGUCGUAAGCAACUUUGUGACCGCCUCGCAAGCGCACCGCAAAUGGCUGAACAAGUUUGUCAUCUCUGCGACGCAAGGCCGGUACAAGCUGGGAGGCAACUCGGCGAACAUCAUCGUGCAGGAUCGUGCAACGGGUGAGCUUCUUGAGGAGAAGAUGCAGGUGUACGUCCGACUGGGUAUUCGCCUGCUCUACCAGGGAGCACGGUCGCGAAUGGAGGGGGCUCGCGUCCGCAAGAUGCUCAAGAACAUGAGUGUCAAGCAAGGCAAGAAGUACGACUCGCCCACCUCCGCUCGCGAGAUCCCUGGGUUCAUCGCUUUCCACAACUUGAACGUCGAGGAGAUUCGCGACCCGCUUGACUCGUUCAAGACGUUCAAUGACUUCUUCUACCGGAAACUCAAGGUCGACGCCCGACCGAUCGAGGAGCCAAAGAACCCUAAGCGGCUGGUGUCGGCUGCGGACUGUAGGUUGAUGGUGUUCCCUUCGGUGGACGAGGCGACGCGCAUCUGGAUCAAGGGGCGCGAGUUCAGCGUCGCUCGACUGCUCGACGUUGAUUCGAUCGGCGAGUCGUACGUGAAUGGGAGCUUGUGCAUUUUCCGCCUCGCUCCGCAGGACUAUCACCGAUUCCACUGCCCGGCGGACGCCGUGGUCGGGGAGCCACACUUCGUCGAGGGGGCCUACUAUACGGUCAACCCCAUGGCGAUCCGCAGCGCCAUCGACGUCUACGGAGAGAAUGUUCGCUGUGUCGUCCCGCUGCAUACGGAGGCGUACGGGACGAUCUACUACGUCUGCAUCGGGGCGAUGAUGGUGGGCUCCAUUGUGCUGACGGUGCAAAAGGGCCAGAAGCUCAAAAAGGGCGAUGAAGUCGGGUACUACGCGUUUGGUGGGUCGACGACUGUCUGUAUCUUUGAGGAGGGGAGGGUCAAGUGGGAUGAGGACCUGCUCACCAAUUCAAAGGCGUCGAUUGAGACGCUGGUUAGGAUCGGGAGCGGAUUGGGACGCGCGGUCGAGCACGGCGGGGGCGAGAAGCAG